CUUCUCUCCUUCGCUCUUCCUGCCCGCCCUUUUCAUACUGAACUCAUCGUCAGUACUAAGACAUAAAACAAGCAACGACAAGCUUGUGUACCGCCGCCACACACCAUGGACGAGUCUCAGGUGGAAGCCCUGUUUAGGAAGGUCACAAUCGAUAAGACGUUCCAGAGCCUACCGGAUUUUCUCCAGCCCAAGUACGUGGAUUGGUGUAAGGAGUUGAAACAAAAGAAUCAGCAUCGCGCGAGUAGCGUCACGAGCACGAACAGCACGGCAUUUUCUGGGACCGAGUCGCCUCGACCGAUGACGAGAAGCCCGGAACGGGGGCUGGCCAGAAGCCCGAUUCCUCAACAGAGGCCAGCGGUGCCAGAUUUUCGGUUCCCAUCGAUUUCUCAGUCAAGCGUGGGCCGGGUGCCAUCGGAGCUCUUGAAUAACAUGAUGGAGGCAACCAAGGAACCGUACGAACAGCAUGAGCGGAAUCAGAGGGAGCUGGCCGAAGGGGCGCGGGAGAUCCUUCUCAACAACCGCAGUCAACAACACCAGCACCUCGCCGCCGCCGCAACCCAGUCCCAGCGAGUGGAUGACAUAUUUGCUGAAGGCGACGGCAACAACAACGACGACGACGACCGCCACCACCGCCCAAACCAUGAUGAUAAAUCUGUUGAAUACGACAACGAGUUGAAGAAGAAGGUUCGAAAGCUGCGGAGCCAGUUUGCAAAGGAGGCGAUGUACUAUGAUGAGCAAAACAAGCUAUAUCAGACGGCGGCGCGGGAGACACAGAAGUACCGAGCCGAGUGUUCGAAUGCGUCCAUCGCCAUGACACGGCUGCUGAACCAGAUCCAGAUGCAUGAGCAGGAGCUUGAGCAGGCAGGCAAUGACAUGGGCGACGGAGGCGGCGGGAGCGGCGAACACGGGGAAGGGCAGGCAUGGAAUGGUCACCAACGACGGCAGCGCAACCGCGGCCGAGGCGGAAACGGGGGUAGAGCCUGAGUCGCGAUGUCGGACCUGGGGAGGGGGGGGGGAGGCCAAUGGCUUGUUAUGUCUUUCUUCCGAGGUUCGAUUCUCUUUUUGUGUUUGAUGGUAGGACG